AUGGGUUCGGUCUCGACGAUAGCUACCGUUCUAGCUCCUGGUGCAGCAGCCCAGGAGGAGCCCAUCACUUCUGACAUCGACUCCUCCUCCCCCUCCCCCUCACUCAUCUACCAGGGAGAGCGCACACCCAUUCACGUGCCCCUCUCC